AUGACGAUUAGUAGAAGCAAAACCAUAAGUUUAAGUAUCAGUACCUUUUCACAAAAGGAAGAGAAUAAUAAAAAAAUGGAAGGAAAGAAAAAGUAUGGAGAGAGAAAUGAAAGUAUGGAUGAAACAUUUAGUGUAAAUGAAAAAAAUCAAAAGUUAAAUUUGAGGGAAGACUAUAAUGAUAGUAGUGCAAAAGGCACCCACAGUUCGGAUGGAGUAAAAAAAGAGGAUAGAGAUAUAAAAAUAAAUAAAGAUAAAAAUAAAAAGAGUUCAAGGAAUGGCAUAAUAGAAGUUACGCUAAAGGAAGGGAGCAAUAAGGACGGUAGUGACGAUCUCAAUAGUCAUUAUAGUAGUGAUAACUGUAGUGAUGGAAGUAAGAGUAAUGAAGAGAGAAAAAGGGUGUACAGUCCCUCAAACAGAAGCUUAAUGAGCUUGUCAUCCUUUAGUAAUAGCCUUAAAAACGAAGAAGGGAAUAAAACAAAGAACAACAUAAUGAUGAAAAAAAAGAAAGAAGAAAAAAAAGAAGAAAGGAAAAAAAGUAAUCAUAAUAGAAGGAAAAGAAGUGAGGAUAAUUAUUAUGAAAAAAGAAGAGAAAAAGGAUAUGGUCGUCAUAGCAGUCAUAGCAGUCAUAGCAGGCAUAGCAGUCAUAGCAGUCAUAGCAGUCAUAGCAGGCAUAGCAGUCAUAGCAGUCGUAAUAGUCAACACUCAAAAAGUAUACAUAAAAAAAGAAAAGGAAAAAUUGAGGAACGUAAGGAUUAUGCGUCUUUAAGCAGUAGCAACUAUGAAUAUCAUGAUAGGGAAUAUAAAAGGAAGGAUGACAAAAAAAAAAGGAAAACUAAGGAGAAGUAUAAAAAAGGGGGGCAAAGUAAUAAACUGAGUAGUGUUAGUCUAUCGAGUUUGUAUGAAGAUAUUACAAGUAUAAGUAGUAGUAGUAGUAGUAGUAGCAGGAGCAGUAGUAGUUGCGGUAGUCGUAAUAGGAGCACAGAAAAAAAUGAAAGAGGUCCAAGGAAUUACAAAAGGAGGAGAAGCAGCGAUUAUUGUUUAAAGAAGGGUAAUCAUAAAUAUAGUGAGGGAAAAAAGGACAAGGAAAGAGACGGAAAGGAAAGGAGUGGAAAAGAAAGAAGUGGGAAGGAUAAAAACGAAAAAAAUAGAAAGAACUACCCGGAAUAUUAUCUAAGGGGGGAAAAACAUAACACGAGGAGGCAUAGUAGAGACACGCACUCAAUCAGCAUGAGUCCGGAUGAAUUGUCAAAGAGGAAGGAAAGAAUAAAUCGUCAUGAUGAUCGCAGUAGCUGCAAUAGCUACACACACAGCAAUAGUUGUAAGCGUUACGAUGGAAGCAAUCGGCAUAUUGAUGAUAAUCAUAAAUACAAGGCGCACGACAGACUGGGAAGGGGCGAUGAGCCAAGUGAUGUCGAAAAGAGGUAUAAUUCGAAAUAUGAUUAUGUUGGCAAAAGAACGCGUAAUUCUUCCGUGGGUAAAAGUAACAAGAACAGAGGGGGGUAUACAACUAAUGAUGAAUCAAAUGGGUCAGAAGAUGAAUCAAAGGAUGAUAUUUAUUAUGAUGAUGAUAGAUGUAAUAAUUCCUAUAUUAAUAAAAGAGGGAGACAAGUAAAAAACGAUUUGAAUAAAAAACAAAGACAUUCCAAAAAGAAUGGAAAAGGAAAAUUAUGGAGUCAAGAGGGAGAAAGAGAAAAAAUAAAGGAUCGAAGAGAUAUAGAAAAGAACGAAGAAAAGAACAAAAAAAAAAAAAGAGAAGAAAACAGAAGGAAUCAUAACGAUUGGAAAGAAAAUAAAUCAGCUGUAAUUUCAACUACAAAUGAAACGAUAAACUUAAGAUAUUCAGAUAGAGUUAAAGAGAAUGUGAGUUCAUUUAGUAAUGAAAUACAUGAAGAGUUGUUUAUAUCAAGUAGUAGUGUACAUUCGUAUGGAAGGAGUAGAAAACAUGAACAUAAAAAAGACUUGAAAAUGGUAAGAAAAGGGAAAGGAAAUGGGCAAAGGGAAAGGAAAAGAGAAAUGGAAAGAGAAAGGAAUAGAGAAAGGGACAGAGAAAGGAAGAGACGAUAUGUCCAUUCCAUUGACAGUAGCAACAAUGACGUUGUGAAAUACCGUUUAAAGAGAGAUAUAUCUAAAGAAAUGAAAAUUGGUGAAGAUAAGCAUGCCAGAUAUAGAAGAAACGAUAUACAUAUGAAGCAAAACAUAUAUUCUGGGCGUGGCCACUCCAAUAUGAGUAGACCUAAGUACCGAAAUUAUGAACACCACAAUUAUAGUAAUACUACUUUAUUCAAUUAUAAGAAGCAGCAGUGUUACAAUAAUAAUAAUAAUAUUGGUAGUAAUAACCAUAUUAGUAGUAAUAACCAUAUUAGUAGUAAUAACCAUAUUAGUAGUAAUAACCAUAUUAGUAGUAAUAAUCAUAUUAGUAGGAAUAAUGCUAUUUGUAGGAAUAAUCAUAUUAGUAGUAAUAAUCCUAUUAGUAAUAUGAACGGGACGGAAAGAACAAGAGGAAUCAUAGAUAGAGAAAAGGCUUGCCCAUUUCUUCUUCGACUGUUUUAUAAUCAUGAUGACGAAUAUACCAAUGUGGAUGAUAUAAAUUUUACUUCAAAUGAUGUGCAUAGUAACGAGUUACAAAUUUAUGCAUGGUUAGAUAUCACCAUGAGAGAGAUUGUAACACUAGUAAAAGAUUUUUAUGAAGAAAGUCGAAAAAGAAAUGCUCAGUGGAUUUUCAAGGUUUAUUCCAAUGAGAAAAAACAGCUGACUUUUUUAUCAAAAGUGCAUAGUACGAAAUAUAGUUAUAAAGAAGACAACAAAACGUUGCUGUCAUUAAAUUACGAAAUAGGAGAUAUUAUAUUGCUUUCCAUUAUUUUUGACAAGUAA